AUGGCAAACCAAAUGCGAUCCCUGGUCGCAACAUUCGUAUUACUUUUCACAGUACUUGAGAAUGUCCACUGUGAUGCACCUUUGGUCGAUUCGGCAGCCCUGCCGCUGGAGCACAGAGCCAUCUACGGUCCGCCAGCACCAUCACCAGUAUACGGUACGCCUGGUUUGCUGAGUGGCGGCGGAGGUAGCGGUGGCCACCUGGGAGGCGGCGGGGGCGGUGGCGGUGACGACCCGUGGCCGCUGUCCGCCUCGAACGACAGCCCGCAGAUCAAGCAUCUGCAGGUGCAGUGCGAGAAGACGCACAUGCGCGUCAACAUCGAGUUCGACCGGCCGUUCUACGGAAUGAUCUUCUCCAAGGGUUUCUACAGCGAUCCGCACUGUGUGCAUCUGAAGCCGGGCACCGGUCACCUGAGCGCCACGUUUGAGAUCUUCCUGAACAGCUGCGGCAUGUCCAGCUCGGCCAACCACAAUGCGGCCAGCUUCGGUGGACCGACGCCGUCCGGUAGUUACGUCGAGAACACGAUCAUCAUCCAGUACGAUCCUUACGUGCAGGAAGUCUGGGAUCAGGCCCGCAAGCUUCGCUGCACAUGGUACGAUUUCUACGAGAAGGCGGUCACCUUCCGGCCGUUCCAGGUCGAUAUGCUGCACGCCGUCACGGCGAACUUCCUCGGCGAUAACCUACAGUGCUGGAUGCAGAUUCAGGUCGGCAAGGGUCCGUGGGCCUCGGAGGUGUCGGGCAUCGUGAAGAUCGGCCAAACGAUGACGAUGGUGCUGGCGAUCAAGGAUGAUGAGAACAAGUUCGACAUGCUGGUGCGCAACUGCGUCGCCCACGACGGCAAGCGGGCCCCGAUACAGCUGGUUGACCAGCACGGUUGCGUGGUGCGGCCCAAGAUCAUGAGCAAGUUCCAGAAGAUCAAGAACUUCGGUCCGUCGGCGUCGGUCGUGUCGUUUGCCUACUUCCAGGCGUUCAAGUUCCCCGACUCGAUGAACGUGCACUUCCAGUGCGUGAUCCAGGUGUGCCGUUACAACUGUCCGGAGCCGAAGUGCGCCGGAGGCGACUAUGGACUUCCGGCCCUGACCGGCAAUGGCAUUUCGGGCGAAUACGGUGCACCGGGAGCGCUGAGCGGCGAGUAUGGACCGCCGCACCUGUCGGAGUACGGAGUUCCGCCGGCGGCCUACCCAGAUCCGCGUCACCCAUCGGACGCUUCCGGAGCCUACUCGGAGAACCAGGACAGCGUGGUGCCACCGCCGCAGGCUCAGACUUCCGCCAACUCGGCCGAAAACAAGUCGGACGGUCCGAUCAAUGGCAACGACAAUGGUCAGUCCCAGUCGCAGUCCUCCAACCCGACGUCGAACGACAUUCACGAUCACAUCAACAUGCCACCGCCACCACCCCCAGGCCAGACGUCGUACGUCACCGUCACCAAGCAACAGCAACAGCAACAGCAGCAGCAACUGAAGAAGGACGAUGGACUGCCGAGCGAAAACAGUGGCAACCUGGUCAGCCUCGGUGGACGGCCACGUUCGGUCGAGGGUCUGGACGAUCUGCGAGGUGUGCGCCGACGACGGGACACGAUGUCCGUUGUGAUUCGACCGCGCAUCUACAAACGAGACGCCCAGGAGAUGACGGACGUCAACACGGAGCGCAUCAUCCAGGUGGUGGCGCCCGGCGACGUCAACUUUGCGCUCAACAACGCGUCCGGAAACGAAACGGUCGUCAUUCAGUCGCAGCGCACCGUUGACCCGGAAACGAUCUGCAUGUCCGUGCCGAGCUUCGUCGGUGGACUGGUGAUGCUGUUGCUCGUCCUCGCCGUGGCGUCGCUCGUGGCCGCCUUCCUGUUUGUGCGCGUGCGACACUUCGAUCGGAAAGGUACGUCCGUCUGCCGGCCCCACUUCGUACUGUCGGAGCUGUGGACCUAA